GAAUUAAUGACAAAAUUUAAAAACCACCUUUAAAAUUUAAAAAUUCAUGCAUUCAGCUCUAUUAUCAGGGAUACCCUACAUAUGCUAAAAUUCCGAUCCAAUAAAUGACUUGGCCAACUGGCAGUGAAGUUAUCACAAAAUAUUCUUAUGUAGGUAGGACUCCUGAAGAUUUAUCAUUUAAUAAGGGUGAUAUAUUAACUAUUUUAUCUUCAUCGCAAAAAUUAGAUUGGUAUUUUGCUCAAAGAUUGGAUGGUGCAAAAGGUCUUAUUCCUUCAAAUUACUGUGAAUUGAGGAAAAAAAUUUCACUGUACAACUCUAUGCUAUGGUUCCAUGGUAAAAUUAGUAGAGAAAAAGCUGAAAUUAUACUAAAAAAUAAAUCAAAAGAUGGAUAUUUUUUAGUAAGGGAGAGCACAAAUUUUCCAGGAGAUUAUACCCUCUGCCUACUUUGCAACAAUAUUGUUGAACAUUAUCAUAUAAUUAACUCAAACACUAUAAAUGAAAAUGAUAUAAAUACUGAAGAUGAGAAAAAAUCUAUGUUUACUAUUGAUAAUGAAAUAUUUUUUGACAACCUUAUUCAACUGGUCAAACAUUACUCUCUCAACGAAGAUGGCUUGGUUUGCCUCUUGUGUAAACCAGUUUACCCUGAAACCUCUUCCAUAAAUUUGCAGAGUAACAGCAAUAACCCCAAAAAACUCCCACAUCAAAACAAUGUCAAACAAAAUUUGAAUUCAAACCUAAAUAACUCAAAUAAUUCGAUAAAUGCUACUAAAAAUGGUGGCCUUAAUCACAUAAACAAAGAAAAUAUCGACGGAAAUAUAGAAAAUGAUAGUAAGAUGUCAAAGACAGACGAAUUCAUAGUUACACCUGCCGUUUUUAAAUCUGCCGGUUGGGCUAUCAAACCUGAUGCCUUGACUGUUCUAGAUCCUAUAGGAAAAGGAGAGUUUGGAGAUGUUUUAUUGGGAACUUUGAGGGGCAAAAAGGUAGCUAUUAAAACUCUUAAAGACAAAAGCCCUAAAAGUUUUGAAAAAUUCCUCGCCGAAGCCUCUAUCAUGACUGGCAUCAAGCACGCUAAUGUGGUUAGGUUUUUGGGCGUUGUUUUUGGAGGGGAAAGGGUUUAUAUGGUCUUGGAAUACAUGACACAUGGAAAUUUGCUAGAAUUUCUAAGGUCAAGAGGUCGAAAUGUUCUCACUCCUCCCCGUUUAAUCAAUUUCGCUGAUGAUUGCUGCAAAGGUAUGAUGUAUUUGGAGAGCAAACAAAUAAUUCACAGAGAUUUAGCCGCUAGAAAUGUGCUAUUGGACCAGGACCAAAUGGCCAAACUCUCAGAUUUCGGCCUAGCCAAAGAAGGAUCCUUCAUAAACAACAACUUACCAAAUCCCCCAAACAAUUUUCCGGACACGAAUUCUAAUUCUCUCCUCGUCAAUACCAAUAAUCAUCACUCAACUACGAAUAAUAUUCUUGCGAAUGAAGGCGAAAUGCUAAAUAAUACCAACGAAGACCCGAAUGGGAAAUUUCCUAUCAAAUGGACAGCACCAGAGGCCCUUAGAGAUAACAAAAAAUUCUCAUCAAAGUCGGACGUUUGGAGUUACGGUGUUUUGUUAUGGGAAAUAUUCAGUUUCGGAAAAGUUCCCUUUUCGAGAAUCCCUUUAUGUGAUGUGAUAAAGCACAUAGAAAAGGGAUACCGACUCGAAAGCCCUGAGGGAUGUCCCGACACCAUGUAUAAAUUAAUGCUUAAUUGCUGGGAUUUAAAUUCCGACAAAAGGCCGAGUUUUAAACAUAUUCACUCAGAUAAUCUCAACAAUCUUAACAUAACCACAACAACUACUUCUCAUUGAAUUAUUUUUCGCGUUUUUAUUUUAUGUCAUGUUCUGUAAACGUGUAUUUACCGUACGUUGUUAGAUAUAAUUAUUGUAAUAAUUUUUUUUUUAUAUUUUAUAUAUUAUUUCUUCUUUUAAAUUAUAUAAUUAUUUUAAAUAAUACAACUGCAUUUGACUUUU